AUGCUCGUCAAGACUCUACUGCUCUCUGUCUAUCUACUUCUGUUAGCUUUGCUAUCGCUCGGCAAGCGUGCAUUUGGUGUUACCUCGGAUCCGACUACUGCUAAUAAUCAAACCUUUGAUUAUAUCAUUGUUGGAGGCGGUCUCGCGGGACUCACCGUCGCUAGCCGUCUUACUGAAGACCCUUCAAAAACCGUCCUCGUCAUUGAAGCAGGAAAUGAUGACCGGAACGACCCGAGGGUAUUUGAUGUAUUGGAAUAUGGCGCAGUAUUUAGGACGCCUCUAGACUGGGCUUGGCCCACCGACCAGGGCAGAAUCAUGCAUGCAGGUAGAACGCUUGGUGGAUCUAGCUCCAUUAAUGGCGCCGCAUUCACUCGUGGCAUCAAGGGGCAAUACGAUGCGUUUUCAAAAGUCCUCAGUGGUGAGGAAGCAAGCUUGGAAUGGAACUGGGAUUCACUUUUCUCAUAUAUGAAGAAGUCCGAAGGUUUCAAUCCACCGGACAAGCAGCAGCGUGCGGACGGCGCGGAUUUUAUUCCUACUUACCACGGUUUCGUUGGACCCUUACAAGUCGCUUAUGCACAAGGGAUGUACAGCGGGCCGGCACAGCCUGCAUUCGUUGAUGCUGUCCGCAAUCUGAGUGGAAUUGCGCGAUGUCGAGACGGACUUGGUGGAAACGACAAUUGUGUGAGCUAUAUUGCGAAUUCGAUAAAUCCGAAAGACCACGAUCAUCGUUCGUCGUCUGCUCAAGCGUACCUUACUCCCGUCGAAAAUGAGAGAACGAAUUGGCUUACGCUGAUUAACAAUCGCGUGACCAAGGUGCUUCUUUCCGGGUCCGCUCCUAACGUAAGGGCAACAGGUGUCCAGUUCAAGAACUCGAACAACACCGGGAACACGUUCACCGUCCACGCCAGUAAGGAGGUGAUUCUAUCCGCAGGUGCGAUUGCCUCCCCUCAAUUACUUCAGCUGUCCGGGAUUGGCGACCCGUCUGUCCUUAAUCCACUUGGAAUUGAUGUGAGGGUCAAUCUACCAACUGUUGGGAGAAACUUCCAGGAUCAGACGAUAAACGACGUUGCGAGUAAUACACAACCUUCUUUUGACACGGGCGGCACGGGACCCGAUCAUGCAGUUGCAUUCUUGAAUCUUUACGAAUUCUUCUCUAAGAGCGCAGGCUCAAAUGGAAGUGCGACGGGUGACGACAUCGCUCGACAUAUCUUGACUCAGUAUCCGUCUUGGGCACAAAGCCAGGCAGUCAAUGGAUUGAAUGCUGACGCGCUUACUACGAUAUUUGGUAUCCAAGCGGACUUGAUUGUAAAUCAUAAUGCUCCUGUUUGUGAAUUCUACUUCCAAGUCGGCAGUACAGGCGGUGUCAACGAUACCCUGUUGAAUCUUCUUCCAUUUAGCCGUGGCAAUAUCACUAUCACGGAUACGAGCGUCUUCACAAAUCCGAAGGUGACGGUGAACUGGUUCAAUAUCGAUUAUGACCUCGACGUUCAGACGGCCGGAGGCCGACUAGGCCGGAAGGUGCUUAAUCACACGGCGUUUGCGUCCAUCGUAACUGAAGAGUACUCUCCUGGACUUGAUGUUGUUCCUGACGAUGGCAACGGCGGUACAGAUAAGGAGUGGCAAUCAUGGAUUCACGACGCAUUUGGGGCAGUGUAUCAUGAGGUUGGUUCUACAUCGAUGAUGCGGCGUGAUCUGGGCGGAGUCGUGGAUGGGAAGCUUCGUGUCUAUGAUACGGUAAAUCUACGCAUCGUAGAUGCGGGUGUGAUUCCUAUCCAAGUCAGUGCUCAUACAAGUGAGACGCUAUACGGCGUUGCGGAGAAAGCAGCGGAUAUCAUCAAGUCCGGCGUGUGA